CUAAUCGUCCACGGUCUUCUUCUUCUUCUUCUUCUCAUGGUACACAAGGCUGCUGACAUCUGUAGUUGUCUUUCUUCUUCUUAAUUUUUUUCUUAAAUGCUUUCACACGUUACAGAUCUUGAAUUGGCUUUUCUCUUUAAUCAAAUGAAGCUCAUCAUUCAAGAUUUGGAUCUCAGGAGAUCAUUUGGCUUCUUGCGAUUGAAGACGAUGCCGCCAUCGGAUUCUUUCAAGACAUUGAUCUCAGGAAGCUAGUUGACCGCCUGCAAUGCAGAUGACAAUUAGGGUCCAAGGUUCCACUGAGAGGAUGUUCUUCUAAUGAAGAGGAAUGAUGCUCUUUGAGAAGAAAACUAGAACAUGCUCUCUCUGCGUCCCACUUGCAGAUUUUGUGUUGCAACCACUACAGCUGCUGCUACCACUAUUUCAACCCAGAAGUCAAAACCCAAGACCCUAGAUGAGCCUGCAUUGGUUAAGCUCAAGGCUGAAAGAAAUCCAGAAAAGCUCUUCCACUUAUUCAAGGCUAAUGCCCCCAAUCGUCUUGUCAUUGAGAAUCGCUUCGCCUUUGAGGACACUGUGGCUCGUCUAGCUGGUGCCAAACGAUUUGAUUACAUUGAGAAUAUCCUUGAGCACCAGAAGACCCUUCCUCAGGGCCGACGGGAAGGAUUCAUUGUCCGUAUUAUAAUGCUUUAUGGGAAAGUUGGGAUGACAGGGCAUGCGCUCCAGACAUUCUACACGAUGCAUCACCUCGGCUGCACACGGACUGUCAAGUCCUUCAAUGCUGCUUUUAAGGUUUUGGCUCAAACUUUUGAUUUGGAAGCCAUUCAAGUCUUCCUCGAUGAGGUUCCACAACAGUUUUACAUUACACCUGAUGCGUUCUCUCUCAAUAUCAUCAUCAAGGCUUUUUGUGACAUGGGCAUUCUGGAUUCAGCUUAUUUGAUAAUGGUAGAGAUGGAAAAGAUGGGAAUACAAGCCGAUGUAGUUACAUACACCACACUUAUAUCUGCCUUUUAUAAGAACAAUAGGUCUGAGGUUGCCAAUGGGUUAUGGAAUCUAAUGGUACGUAAGGGGUGCCUUCCAAAUCUUGCUACCUUCAAUGCUAGGAUUCAGUACUUGGUUAACCAGAGACGAGCAUGGAAAGCUAACUCAUUGAUGGGUAAGAUGCAGUUAUUUGGCAUAAAUCCUGAUGAGGUGACUGUUAAUUUGGUGAUCAAAGGCUUUUAUCAGGCUGGUUAUCCUGAAAUGGCGAGAAGGGUUUAUUCUGCAUUAUGUGAAAAGGGUUACAAACCCAAUCGGAUGAUUUUCCAGACAUUGAUACAUUAUGAAUGUAUAGCAGGGGACUUUAGUUUGGCAUUCAGAAUUUCCAAGGAUAGCAUGGAGAGGAACUGGUUCCCGAGUGUGCAUACCCUCUGUAAGCUACUUGAAGGCCUUUGGAAGAAAGCUGAGUACAGGAAGGCCAGGGUGAUUAUGAUAUUGAUUCAGAGAAGAAAACCUCCUUAUUCUACGGAUGAACUGGAGGUUUUUCAAUCCAUACUCUCCAAGGGUUGAAUAAGAUGACCGAUAAGAACUUGGCUUGAUCCAUCCAUGUUUUUGACCUGGAACAGGGAAAGAAUGUGGAACUCUGUGUUGUUGUUCAUAUUCAUUUAUUCAUUUAUAUUGAUUGAUUACCUGUAUAUGGAUUCCUAGUGGAUGAGCAUUGGAGCAGAAGGUAAUUCCAGUCUUGUCCAUCAAGUUAAUUGUAUCAUGACUGGGGAAGAAGUACUAGAGACAAUGUUCCAAUGACAUAAAAUGUUAUCGCAGUACAUUAUAUUGAAUUCCAUGCUUUACUUCUCUGUGGUUGCUUGUGAGUGCUUUUAUGUCUAGUUCAAUACUUUCAGCUUGGGUGGAUCAAGAAGAGAAUGGUGAGAACAAACAAGGACUUCUUGUUGGAUAUAAUUAUUAAACCAAAAUAAAGAUACAAUAUUGCCACCACCAUCUCCCCCUUCCAAGGUAGUGCCCUCACCACCAGUUGGUCCAAUCGUCUACACUCGUCGUCCUUGUCAAGAUUCAACACCCCCUAUCUCUACGGUUCCUACAUCGUCAUCUUUGCCUACGGUCCUUGAUCCAGGUAUUUCCCUUUUGUCGUCAUCUUCUGAUAUUAAUGUUCCCAUUGCACAACAGAAGGGUGUUCGGAGUUGUACCCAACAUCCCAUUUCUAACUUUGUUUCUUAUUUUGGUCUAUUAUGACUUUUUCAUUCUUUGUCUGACUACUUUGUCUAGUCAUCCAGUUCCUAAGUCUGUUGCAGAGGCAUUAUCUAGUCCUGGCUGGAGGACGACUAUGGAAGAGGAGUUAUUGGCCUUAGACACAAAUCAUACUUGGGAUCUUGUACCGGAUCAUAGUAGAUAAUCUAAGAUGUUGGCGGAAGCAAGAACUACAUUGAUCCUGAAGCAGAAGACAUAGCGAAAGGGUCUGCUUUUCUGCAGGUACAUUAGAUAUUUGUGAGAAUCCAGCAGAAAUUUUUGAAAUGGAGAAAAAAUGAAAAGCUGCAAAAAGAAGCAAUAUUGCCAGUGGUGGAGCAGAUGCUAGAAUUGGCCUUACUCCUCAGCCCUAUUUAUUGAAUUUUAUUUUUCAAGUACAAAAACCUCUUUAAUUUGUACUAUUUCAACGCAAAAGUGCUUGGUAGCAUGACUCUUGUCCAUUUAGAAGCAUAUAACAUCAUGGCUGGUCGAUAGUGUUUUACGCUUUGUUUGGGUGAUCAAUCUCUCCCCAUAGUGGCAUAAAUUGCUGGUGCUGAUCAUAUCAAUGGAAUGAACCUGUACAGGUCUUACCCAUUUUACAUUUUUGGGCACAUAUGAAGUUAUUAUCAACAUUUUUUUUGUUA